AUGUCGGCCAGCGACAGCGACCUCUCCAGCUCCAGUCCAGAGCCAGAAGUGUCCACCAAGAAGCGAGGCCGUCCCCAAUCCACACCGCUCGAACCCUACAAAGACGAGAUCGUGAGACUCUUCAUCGACGAAGAUGUACCCAUCAUUGAAAUCGCCCGGCGGCUGAACGUAAACCAUGGUCUGGAUAUCAGCGAACGAACAAUUUCGAGACGACUGACGCAAUGGAAGGUACCAAGGAAGAAGACUCGCACGACUGCAUCGGUGGAGCUGCAGGAACGCAUCAUAUAUCACUACAACAAGAAUCUCAAUGAUGACCAGAUGGCGCGAGCGUUGCUUGCUGAGGGGUAUGAGAUCAAACCGCGGAAUCUGGCUCGUCUGCGGCAGAAGUUGGGGAUGCGAAGACGGUCUAAAUAUCCGGAGUUCAGAGAAUACUCGGAGGAAGAAUUGGACAAUGAUCCUAUGCAAGCAAGUACCUCUUCACCUAGAGCAUCUCCAAAGAAGCCUCGCAAGAAAGCCAAGAAGGUUCCUCCGAAUGCUGCCUUGAUACCCAAGGUGACGGCUUUUGUGGAGAAAUAUAUGAGCAAGUAUGAUGGCUCUCACGACUUCAACCAUAUCAAGAGGGUAGUAGGCUUGGCGCACAAGAUAUACACGGAGAUCAUCAAAGCAGAGGAGCAGUCUGGAUUAUUCGAGAAGGAGUCUUCGCUGGAUCUACAUGUCAUUACUCUCGCAGCUCUACUGCACGACGUCGGAGAUAAGAAGUACUUGGAGCCAGGCCAGAAGGGAGAGACCUUGGUUUUGGCAACCUUGUUGGGUUUUGGUGCGCCUGAAGAUCUAGCUCUCAAGGUACAGCGGAUCGUCCUUGCAGUGUCGUACUCUUCUGAGAUCAAGGAUCCAGGACAUGUCGAGACUAUGAUUGGCAAAUAUCCAGAGCUGGCUAUUGUGCAAGAUGCGGAUCGAUUGGAUGCCAUAGGAGCUGUUGGGAUCGGUCGUACUUUUACCUUUGGAGGGGCGAAGAACGCAAGGGACAUGGGGGAGACUAUUCAGCAUUUUGACGAUAAGCUCGUGAAGCUGGAAAGUAUGAUGAAGACCGCGCCUGGGAAGAGGAUGGCGCGUGAACGGACGGAGAGAUUGAACAUGUUUAAGAGCUGGUGGGAGGAAGAGCAGAGAGAAGCAGAGGGCUUGUUACGGAGGAAGUGA